AUGGAAAUGGCCUUGGGGGGGCGGCAGGUGCUGCCGGGCUCCCCUGGGAAGCAGCAGCAGCAGCAGCAGCAGCUGCUGCUGCAGCCAGAUGCUGCAGCAGCAGACAGCAGAAGAGGUUUGCUGUCGCUGCACGACCCUGCCGUGCAGCGGGUCGUUCGCGAGCUCAGCAGCAGCAGCAGCAGCAGCAGCAGCAGCAGCAGCAGCAGCAGCAACAUUUUGUGUCUCACGUUGCUGUGCGUGAUUAGAAGUGAAGAGGAAUAUUUAAUGGUGCAGCAGCUGCUGCUUCAGACGCUGCAGUUGGCCCUGCCUUCAGCAGCAGCAGCAGCAGCAGCAGCAGCAGCAGCAGCAGAUGCAGAAGACGUCCCGCUUGUCGUCUGUUCUCAGCAUAGUCAGCAGCAGCAGCAGCAGCAGCAGCAGCACACAUGGUCACCUGCUGUUGCUGCUGCUGCGGCUGUUGCUGCUGCUUGGCCCGAUGAGCCUUCGUCUCAGCAGAACCAGUGGCUGCAGCAGCAGCAGCAGCUGCUGCAGCAGCAGCAACUGCUGCAGCAGCAGCAACUGCUGCAGCAGCAACCUUUGAAUCUGAAGUUCUCUGGACUUCGAAACGAAAAGCCUCGCAGGCCCUGGGCCAAAACCCACUCAGGGUCACCUGCUGCUGCUGCUGCUGCUGCUGCUGCUGCUGCUGUGCCAUUUCCAUCUCUGUUGCAGCAGUCGCGCGGCGCUCUGCAGCAGCAGCAGCAGCAACAGCAAUGGCAGCAGCUCCGGCCGUGGCAACAGCAGCAAAACUAG